AACAUCACUGCUUUAACCACAAGAUGGGGCUAGACAGAUAGUCCCUCUGGUCGCUUCGCCAGCCUCGGAGCGGCAAGCGCAGUGGCGGGAACGAGCUUGAGUGGAGCGCGCCGCGUCAGUGAGAGUGGAAACGAGGCGUGUGGAUUGUUUGCUCUCGGCUCUCGGGAGCCGCGUACAGUGGGACUGGACUGUGCCGAGGAGUAAAACGAGAAAAAAGGCGAAAAGUAUUUAUUUCCCAGUUCAUAUUUACCCAGCCGAAUACUGCCACUCAAAGAACAGGAUUGGGACAGUGAAGCGAAACAUGUGGAUUACUUUACCCCUGAGAGAGUGAACAACGGAGCUCUACAGAGGAUGGCUGACAAAGAUGGCAAGGCAGACUUGCCCAUUAUUCCUGGGCAGGUUUAUGUUGAAGUGGAAUAUGACUACGAAUACAAGGCAAAAGACAAGAUGAUUGUGAUAAAGCAAGGAGAGCACUACAUCCUGGUCAAAAAGACCAAUGAGGACUGGUGGCAGGUCAAACAGGAUGAGAACACCAAGCCCUUCUAUGUGCCAGCUCAGUAUGUGAAGGAGCUGAGGAAGGCACUCAUGCCGCCACAGAAGCCCCUGCUCUCCAGUCCCAGCGGAUCAUUGAAAGUGAAGUCCAGUGCUCUGGACAUCCAGCCUUCGCACAGGUCCAACGAGAACCUGGCCAAGACCCCAGAGCUCUCCAGCUUUGGAAAGCACCCACCAGCCCUCCCCAGAGACGGUAACCAGAACCUAGCCCCAGGGAGCAGCCCGGGGCUGAGUCGGCGAGGGGGAGAGCACCACCAGAACAACAACAACACCUCAAGGGGGGGCACUGAUUCUCCACCUCCUAGGAUCCCCAAUCACAACAAGGUAACCACGUUGGGGCGGGAGACAGUCCUUGAUGUGGAUGCUGAAAAAACGCCCCCCCAUGAACACCCCCAUGGCAGUUUGACCAGAGACGGCUCGGAGAAACACCGGAACGACUCCGAGUCUGGAGAUGACCUGAGCAGCAGCUCCACAGAACACAUGCAGACCACUUCCCCGACAGGCCAGGGCAGAGCCGAGUCUCCAGUGUAUGCAAACCUGCAGGAGCUGAAGAUCUCGCAGUCCAGUCUGCCGCCCGUCCCCUCCAGCUCGCCCCUGCACACCAUCGGGGAGUGGGACACUCACAAAGAUCUCAACGGGAGGCACUACUACUUCAACAGGGCUACUCAGGAGCGCACAUGGAAGCCCCCUCGUGCCCGGGACACCAGCAGCAGCAGCAGCAGCAGCACCCGAGGGGAGCCUCAAAUCUCUGGGGAUCAGGAGCCCCUUUCGUCCGAAGAGAACUGUCACAGCACUUAUUCCAGCCUGUCAGAUAGUCAGUAUGGGUCUCCUCCCCGAGGCUGGUCUGAGGAGCUGGAUGAACAUGGGCAGACCUUGUAUGUCAGUGAAUAUACUAAUGAAAAGUGGAUAAAACAUGUUGAUGAACAAGGUCGACCAUAUUACUAUAGCGCAGAUGGUUCAAGAUCUGAAUGGGAACUACCGAAAGUGAGUAAGCAAGCUGAAGAACGGAAACCAUAUAAACUCUCUCCACCACUGCCGGGAGAAUUUCCUAAAAGCAGAAGUCUGGACAGGAAGCAAGUUGACCCUAUAGUGUUAACAAAGUGGAGACACAGCACAUAUGUGCUUGAUUUAAGUGACAAGUUGUCUGUCGUACACAAGCGUAAUGCAUCUGAACAUCACACGGGGGUUAUUGCUCCCCCACCUUAUCAUGAACAAGAAUCUCCAACCACUCCAAAGCAAGGCUUUCCUGAUUCCGAUUCCUGCCCUUCCUCUCCAAAGCACCCCACAGCUGCUUCGGAGAAAUGUGGUGUGUUAAAUGUAACCAAAAUCACAGAACAUGGAAAGAAAGUUAGGAAGAACUGGACAUCCUCGUGGGCAGUGCUGCAGGGCUCCACGUUGUUAUUUGCCAAAGGUCAAGGUGGUGGGACUGGUUGGAAGUUUGGGGGCAGUCAAUCUAAACCCGAGUUUACUGUGGAUCUUAGAGGGGCGAUCUUGGAAUGGGCUUCAAAAGACAAAUCCAGCAAGAAGCGUGUCCUGGAGUUAAAAACACGGCAAGGAACUGAGCUGCUAAUUCAGUCUGAAAAUGAUACUGUUAUCAACGACUGGUUCAAAGCACUGGGAGAGAUGAUAAGUACUCAUGCUUGGGAGUCUGACGAAGCAAUCGAAGAGGACAUGCCAGAGUCUCCUGGAGCCGAUAAACAUGACAAGGACAGCAGAGACUCGAAGAAAUCACGCACCAUGAAGAACUCUGUCAGUAUAGAUUCUUCAGACCAGAAGAAGACCAGGGUAAAACUGAAGAAGUUCCUGACCCGUCGACCCACACUGCAGGCAGUCAGAGACAAGGGCUAUAUUAAAGAUCAAGUAUUUGGAUGUAACCUGACCAGCCUCUGUCAGAGAGAGAAAACUACUGUGCCAAGCUUUGUUAGGAUGUGUAUCGAUCAUUUAGAAAACAAUGGUUUAAAUGUUGAUGGUUUAUACAGAGUAAGUGGAAACCUGGCUGUGAUACAGAAGCUACGAUUCGCUAUAAAUCACGAUGAGACUCUGGAUCUGAAGGAUAGUAAAUGGGAAGAUACUCACGUCAUCACUGGAGCGCUGAAGAUGUUCUUUAGAGAACUGCCCGAGCCUCUCUUCACACAUAACUACUUCGAUGACUUUGUCAGUGCUAUCAAAAGUCAGGAUUACGAGCAGCGUGUGCAGUCUAUAAAAGACGUAAUCAAGCAGUUGCCAAAACCUAACCAGGACACCAUGCAGGCACUCUUCAAACACCUCAGAAAAGUUAUAGAGCAUGGAGAAGAGAACCGAAUGAACACUCAAAGUGUUGCUAUAGUGUUUGGCCCGACUCUCCUAAGACCCGAGACAGAGACUGGAAACAUUGCAGUACAUAUGGUGUAUCAGAACCAGAUUGUAGAAUUGAUCCUACUGGAAUACGAGAGCAUUUUCAGCAGGUAAAACUGCAUGAGAAUGGGACAAACUUGCCAAGCUAUGUACCAUGCAAUCAAAGCUUACACUUGUGACUUAUGCUAUGGACCAAGCAGGGAAAAAAAAGUUCUAAAAACUUUUCACUUAACGUUUUGGAGCUAUAUUUUUUCUUUUGGUUGCCAUUCCUGCAAGUAGAUGCUGUUACUUCAGGAGCCUGUGUUUACCCUACUGAAAAUUGAUCAAUCCAUUGCAAAUACUUAACAAGACAGUACAGUUAAUAGAGAUUAAUCCUAGCCUAAGUUGCAAUGACAAGUUAAUAGUGCGGGUAAGUUGCAUACACUGGAUUCCUUGGCCAGUAUUGACAAUUGGACGUCUCGAGGAUGUUCACUGCACAUCCCGUAAGGGUUCGAAAGCCACUGCCUUCUGGCAUUGGUUGCAUCAGCAAUUUAUAAAAUGAAAAAAUAAAGGUUGUUAUAUUAGCGUUGUCUGGAUAAAGUGUUCUGUUUUGAGUGUUGCUGUUUGUGUGCAUGUACAUGCUUUCUGCACAGUGACCGCUCGGACUGGAAGGAUUCCUCAGCCCAUCACAAUCCGAAGGCACGUUGCUGCCCGGCAGUGCAUCACAGCACACCUUUAUUUCAUCUAAAUAAAUAUCAGACUGGAUGUGCUGAAAGGAAGAGAGUAUCCUACUUCUAGGGUACCUGGGUUCUGUUUUGUAUUAUUAUUAUUAUUAUUAUUAUUAUUAUUAUUAUUAUUAUUAUAAUACUGGGAAUGUUCACAGUAUUGUAAGCACUUGUUAAACUACUACUGAUCAAAAACAAGUUAAUCCUGUUAAAGCAUUUAGGGUGCGUGUUCAUAUGGAAUUAGCACAUUGCAGUUCUAUGCAUUUAUCAUUGUGCCAAUGCUCUAUAAAUAUGUCCCUGAGUUAAAUUGAAACUGGUCCUUGUGUCAGCCAGUCAUAUACAACUGAAAUGUCUUGAAUGCUGAGGAAAUAAUCAAAACCUGUGUUACGAAAUGAAAUUUGUUGUAAAUAAGCUAAUGGUCUGAUCAUCUUUAGCAAGUGUACAUAGAUUUAAUGUAUAGUUUCAUGAACUAAUGUAGGCUUCACUCCUACAAUAACAGUUUAUUUGCAAGCCAUUUAGCUUUAAGACAGUAUUUUCUGGUGCUUUGCUGGGUUAGGGUUAAAAGGAUACUUGAGUUCCUUAGGACAACUUUUAUUAUAGAUAAAUACUAACUUUGUGCACUUUCUGUCUUUUUAAUUUUUUUCUCCCAUUUCCAGGGCAAUAAUUACCUGUUAUGAAAAAUGGUACUGGAAAUAGUAUUGAAUAGCCUUUUAAAAUAAUUGAUAUGUACAGCUUAAUGUUGAGAAAUUGCCUAGUGGAAUCUAUUGUACAAAUCUCUAACCAUAAAUGAACUUUGUAUGUAUACUUUGGUGGUGAGUGAUGGUAGUUUAAAAAAGAAUCACCUUCAUUUUUAUUUUUUAUAUAUAAAUAUAUAAAUAUUCAAUAACAUAGACUGAUUGUUAAAAAAAGAAAAAAAUGGUUUGGGAAGUUUAUCUGUUACUGGGAGCAUGGUCAACUGCACAUUUUUUUAAUGUAAUUUUCUAGACUAACUGCAGUUUGUGACAUUGAUAUAUGUAAUCUGAAUUAAAAAAAAAAAAAAAAGACAAAAUU